GGGCGGGGCGGGCGGCAGCGCUGGCGUUUGAACGGAGCAGGUUGUGCGGCCGCACCGCACCGGGCCGGGCUCCGUGUGCGGUUUGAACGGAGCAGGUUGUGCGGCCGCACCGCACCGGGCCGGGCUCCGUGUGCGGUUUGAACGGAGCAGGUUGAGCGGCCGCACCGCACCGGGCCGGGCUCCGUGUGCGGUUUGAACGGAGCAGGUUGUGCGGCCGCACCGCACCGGGCCGGGCUCCGUGUGCGGUUUGAACGGAGCAGGUUGAGCGGCCGCACCGCGCCGGGCCGGGCUCCGUGUGCGGCUUGAACGGAGCAGGUUGUGCGGCCGCACCGCACCGGGCCGGGCUGUGUGUGCGGUUUGAACGGAGCGGGUUGUGCCGCCGCACCGGCGAGGGACAGCGCUACACCGGACCGCAGCGGACCGAGCCCAGCCCGGCGGCCGCGGGUCCGAGCCGUUGAUGGUGAGCGGGCAGCUGCCUCGCCAUGAGUUACUGGAGUCUGGACAAGAAGAGCUGCCUGCAGUACUGCCGGCACUUCCUAGCGGACAACGGCGCGUUCCACGUUGAAAGAUGCAUGAGUGUGAUGCAGUCUGGGACACAGAUGGUGAAGCUGAAGAGUGGAAGCAAGGGGCUGGUCCGUCUCUUCUACCUGGACGAGCACAGGACCUGCAUCCGCUGGAGGCCCUCCCGGAAGAGCGAGAAGGCAAAAAUUGUCAUCGACUCCAUUUUCAAAGUCAGCGAGGGCCGGCAGUCGGAGAUCUUCCACCGCCACGCCGAGGGCAGCUUUGAGCCCAGCUGCUGCUUCACCAUUUACCAUGGCAGCCACCUGGAGAGCCUGGACCUCAUCACCUCCAACCCCGAGGAGGCUCGCACCUGGGUCACGGGGCUCAAGUACCUGCUGGCCGGGAUCAGCGACGAGGACUCGCUGGCCAAGCGCCAGAGGACGCACGAGCACUGGGUGAAGCAGACCUUCGAGGAGGCUGACAAGAACGGGGACGGGCUGCUGAACAUCGAGGAGAUCCAGCAGCUGCUGCACAAGCUGAACGUCAGCCUGCCCCGCAGGAAGGUCCGCCAGAUGUUCCAGGAGGCAGACACAGAUGAGAACCAAGGAACCCUGAACUUUGAAGAAUUCUCAGUGUUUUACAAGAUGAUGUCCUUGCGUCGAGAUCUCUACCUGCUGCUCCUGAGCUACAGUGACAAGAAGGAUCAUCUCACUGUUGAGGAGCUGGCCCAGUUUCUGAGGGUGGAACAGAAGAUGAAUAAUGUGACACCAGAAUAUUGUCUGGACAUCAUACAGAAGUUUGAAGUGUCAGAAGAAAACAAGAAGCAAAAUGUUCUUGGGAUUGAAGGCUUCACCAGCUUCAUGCGCAGCCCGGCCUGCGAGGUGUCCAACCCGCUGCACCGCCACGUGCACCAGGACAUGCAGCAGCCCCUGUGCCACUACUUCAUCGCCUCGUCCCACAACACCUACCUGAGCGGGGACCAGCUGCUCUCGCAGUCCCGCGCUGACAUGUACGCCCGCGUGCUGCAGGCCGGCUGCCGCUGCGUGGAAGUGGAUUGCUGGGAUGGCCCAGAUGGGGAGCCAGUGGUGCACCAUGGCUACACCCUGACCUCCAAAAUCCUCUUCCGAGAUGUGGCAGAAACCAUCAAUAAAUAUGCCUUCGUCAAAAAUGAGUUUCCAGUGAUACUGUCCAUUGAAAACCACUGCAGUAUUCAACAGCAAAUGAAGAUUGCCCAGUACCUGAAGGAGAUAUUUGGUGACAAACUGGACUUGUCAUCUGUGAACACUGAAGAUCCCAGACAGCUUCCCAGCCCUCAGGAUCUAAAAGGGAAAAUCCUAGUGAAGGGUAAGAAGUUGCCCUACAGUCUUGGAGCAGAUGCUGAGGAAGGAGAAGUUUCAGAAGAGGACAGUGCUGAUGAAAUUGAGGAUGACUGCAAGUUAAAGCCCUGCUUUAGCAAUGGUGCAACACAGCACCAGGUAGAAUCUUUCAUUCGAACAAAACUGGAAUCUCUGCUAAAAGAAUCCCAAAUCAGGGACAAAGAGGAUCCUGACUGCUUCACUGUGAGAGCUCUGCUGAAGGCAACCCACCAGAGUUUCAGUGUGAACCUGAGGCAGAACCUGGACACAAAGGAAGGUGGAAAAAAGUCUCAUGGUCGAUCAUUAAUGGGCAACUUUGGCAAACACAAGAAAGCUGCAAAGGCAGCCAAAGCCCCCAGCGCCUCGGACGACGAGGAGAGCCAGCAGCACCCUCCUGGCAAGGAGCUGGGGCAGCCCCACAGCAGGCUCGCCCGCCGCAGGAAGACAGUGAAGCUGUGCCGGGCCCUGUCUGACCUGGUGGUGUACACCAACUCUGUGGCUGCCCAGGACCUCGUGGAUGAUGGCUCCACAGGGAACGUGCUGUCCUUCAGUGAGAACAGAGCCCACCAGGCAGUGCAGCAGAAGGCUGAGCAGUUCAUGCUUUACAACCAGAGGCAGCUGACCAGGGUCUAUCCCUCAGCCUAUCGGAUCGACUCCAGCAACUUCAACCCUGUUCCUUACUGGAAUGUGGGCUGCCAGCUAGUGGCCCUGAACUACCAGUCUGAGGGACGUGUGAUGCAGUUAAAUGAAGCAAAAUUCAGGGUAAAUGGCAACUGUGGUUAUGUCCUCAAACCUCAGCAGAUGUGCAAAGGCACAUUCAACCCCUACUCUGCUGACCCACUUCCUGCCAGUCCUAAGAAGCAGCUCAUUCUGAAGAUCAUCAGUGGGCAGCAGCUGCCCAAGCCUCCAGACUCAAUGCUGGGGGACAGAGGAGAGAUAAUAGAUCCCUUUGUUGAGGUGGAGAUUAUUGGGUUACCUGUUGACUGCUGUAAGGAUCAGACCAGGGUGGUGGAUGACAAUGGGUUCAAUCCUGUGUGGGAGGAGACCCUCACCUUCACCAUCCACAUGCCUGAGAUGGCCCUGGUGCGCUUCCUGGUCUGGGACCACGACCCCAUUGGCAGGGACUUUGUGGGGCAGAGAACUGUGGCCUUCAGCAGCCUCGUGCCUGGCUAUCGCCACGUCUAUUUAGAAGGACUGACAGAAGCUUCCAUAUUUGUUCAUAUAAUCAUUAAUGAGACCUAUGGAAAGUGGAGCCCUUUAAUCCUCAAUCCCAGUUACACAAUAAUGCACUUUCUAGGAGCCACAAAGAGCAAGCAGCUGAUGGGGCUCCGAGGGCUGUUCUCCAAGGCGCCCAAGGCGGGCACCGCCGAGCCCGGCGGGCACCACGUGCGCAAACGCUCCAUCGGCGAGCGCAUCCUGCGGCGCACGGCCAGCGCCCCCGCCAAGGGCAGGAAGAAGAGCAAGAUGGGCUUCCUGGAGGCUGCUGACAUCAGGGACAGUGCCUCUGAGCCGGCUGACCUGAAGGACAAGGAAGGGGUGCUGCGGCGGCCCAACCGCACCCUGCAGGCGCGCCCUGCCUCCAUGCCCGUGGACAGGUUCCUCAUGGUGGAGCUGCCCUGCCCAGCAGAGGCCACCGCCCAGGAGGCCAAGGAAGAGGAAAGCACUUCUGCCAACAGUGAUGACAAUACAAAUGAGAAGGAAACAAGCUUGAAAGAAUUGGUUUUUCCACAUUCCGAGCAAAAGGCAAAUGUAUCAAAUUCAGCAUCUCAGUUCAAGAAGGAGAAUGACCAGAGGGAUUCUACAGUUGACUCUUUAGUACCACCUCCACAGGAGCAACCUGAACAUUUGGUUUUUGCAAAUGGUGUAGCUCAAGCAAACCACCUUGUGGACUACCAGGAGAAUCAUCUUUCUGAUGGAACUGUCCCCCUCAUGCAAGACUCUGAACUUCCCACAGAAAAAUCACACCACAAAACCUGUGCAAACAGUAAAAAGGAAGAUGACACAAAAGGAUCCAAGGAAGGGAAAAUCAGUCUCAUGGGGACUUCUCUUUUUCAGAAAGCACAAGCAGAGAAUCACAAAUACGACACGAAGAAAAGCACUGCAGCACCUCUUUCCCUUUCUCCUGCCGUGUGCUCUGAGGGCCCUGACUGUCACUCCACGGGGGCCCUGCAGGACAGUGACAUUUCUCACCUCAUUGAUGAAGUGUCUCUCUCGACAGAGAGCGAGCUGGACAGUGCUGUGUCCGCUCUGCUCGGGCAGCUCGAUGGCACAGAUGACCAAACUGCCCUUGUCCCUGUCUCCAGCCCCCCUGGCAGCAGCAGCCAGACCCCCAGGCUGGGGGCUGCACUCCCACAGCUGUUUGCUGCAGACCUGAGCAGCCCCUGCAGGCACAACUUCACUCCCACAAAAGCCAACAAAUGCCCUUCAGUCUCCACUCCGGACACAGCCGUGCUCUCCAGCCUGGAGGAUGCAGAGUGUUCCACGUACACAAUUAUCCACGAGCCACCUCCAGCUUCUGAAUGCAAGAACCACAGAGAGCUCGUCUGCAAUAAUAGAUUAAAUAGUCUGGAAAGUAACUUGCCUGGCUCUUCUUGUUCUUCAUCCCUCUCUUUGCUAAAUGCAAAUCCCAAAAGGAAUUGUGCUACAAAAACUGGACCAAGCUGGGAAGCCCCUGAGUCUGCCAGUUCUUUGGGUUCCAACAGCCUCAUCUUUGAGGAGGCGCUGGGCCCUGGGGAGCACUCGGACAGCAGCAGCCUGCUGGAGGUGGAUGGGGACUGCCAGGAGCUCCUGGUGACCACCUGUGAGUACAGACGGGAGGACUUGAGCCAGCUGGCUUCUCCUCGGAGCCUGAGGCAGCAGCAGGAGCCUGGGCACGCUGGGGACAGGACCUCGGGGAGCAGCUGCACUGCUGCCCAGCACUGCUCUGAGAGCUGCAGGGCUGCAGGGGGGCAGCUCCCUGUCCCUGUAUGUGACAGAACCGGGGGUCUGUGGCAGCAGCAGCAGCUCCCUGUCCCCGUGUGUGACAGCAGCAGGGGUCUGUGGCAGCAGCAGCAGCUCCCUGUCCCCGUGUGUGACAGCAGCAGGGGUCUGUGGCAGCAGCACUCGGAGCAGCACAGGGCCACAGUCUGUGCCCCCCUGCUCCCGUUCCCCCCACACCCGGCCAUCCAGCACAGCAGCCCCUGCAAGUCCAAGAGUCUGGGAGACCUGACCUCGGAGGACAUUUCCUGCAACUUCGAGAGUAAGUAUCAGUACAUCAGCAGGAGCUUCAUCUCCUCGGGCCUGAGGGACAGGAGGGCGGCCGCGGUGCAGGGCGUGCGGCCGCACUCGACGGACGCGCUGACGGAGCAGCUGCGGCGGCUGCUGUCGCUGGAGCAGGAGGAGAGCCGGGAGCCGCUGUGCCCCCGGCAGACGGAGCAGGACUGCCCGCGGGCCCUGGUGAGGAAGCUGUCGUCCCGCAGCCAGAGCCGGGUGCGCAACAUCGCCAGCCGCGCCCGGGAGCGGCAGGAGGCGGCGGGCAAGCAGCGGCCGUGCGAGGGCGGCGCCGCGCCCGCGGUGCUGCUGCGGAGCAAGGCCGGGGCGCACGGCGUGAACCGGCACUCCACCGGCUCCUACAUCGGCCGCUACCUGCAGGGCUGCGCCGGGGAGCGCCGCGGCGUGCCCGAGGGCUCCUGCUCCGCCCUGCAGAGCGGCUGCGGGGAGCUGCCGCCGCCGCCCGGGGCCCCCGAGCAGCCCGAGAUCUAUUUCCUGCUGCGGCUGUGAAUCCCCGCGCUGUCUGCAGGGAGGGAUGGCGGAGCCCAGCCUGCGCCGGGACUCGGGGGUUCAGUUCUCAGGGGCGGCUGUGGGAGCGAUGGGAGCGCUCUGUGUCCUGAUGCCGCACUCCAAACCUGACACUGCACCCAAGGCAACGCUGCUUCCCUUGUGUCUUGUCCUCCUGCUUGGAAAAACACUUCUGGUGAUCACUUCUGGCCUUUUGUGAGGAUUCUCCAAAGCACUGUGGUGUCCGGAAUGCUGGACUGGGGCUCGUUCUGCCCAACAGGCAGCGACUCUUCAUUAGCAUCACUUUGUUGUGGAUUGUUAUUAUGAAUUUUACAUGUUUUCAUGUAUGAACUGUGAUUCUACAGCAAAUGGUUUGUAGAAUUAGGGUUAGUCCAGAUUUGUGAGUCCUGUGUAGAUUUUGUCUUCUGCCCUCUACAGAGUAUGACAACGGUUGUCUUCCUUUUUGGUUACUGUGUUGAUUUGGGACUGAGUGGAAUGUGGCAGUAAUUCUGCUUUGAUGAAUGAAAACACUUAUUUUCUGCUUAUUUUGUUAUGUGUUUUUGCUGUUGGUUGUGUGAGUAGCUUCGGUACAGCAGAUCCAUUUUCUGUAUAUUUGUAAUUUUAUUGCUGUAUUGUCGACAGUCAGUGGGAUAUUUAAACUGACACGGUAGAGUGACUAUUUUGGCUGUUCACCUUUUUCUAUGAAGGCUGAAAGUGAAUUGUGUGAAGGAAUCUCAGACACCUAAAGCUUCCCUGUAGGGAACAACAUAGCUUUAUUUUGGUUGGAAGAUACUCUUUGCCUUUGCUGUAAGUUUUUCUGAUAUGUCAAAGACGUACCUUUUACCUCUUUCUUUUGUAAUGCAGAGUAUUAUUAUUCUUGAAAACAUCAUUAAAAUAGAUUUUUAAGCA